AGUUUGUGAUUUCGGGAGAUUUCCACCCGACGUUGUGGUUACCGUCAGACUUUAUACCCGGGUGGAAUACUCGCGACGUUGUGGUUACCAGACUAUUUUGUGAUAUGUGUGGCGAUCGUGAGAAAAUGGAUUCUACCUUCAUUACCUUUCGCCCCUAUUUUCUUUUUUUAACUUAUAUAUUGUGGUAGUGCACAAUAUUGUACGUGUGUUUCUUUUCAGGUAUUGAGUUAUUUAUUACAGAAAUAACCUAAUUAUGGCUGGCCUAGGCAAGAGGCUAACUGAUGAACAGAUUAUUGAGUUGAUGAACCAAACAGGUGUAACAUCAGUUCAAGAUAAUGAUGAUAGUGAGUGUGUGGAUGAUGUAGAGGCAUUUAGUUAUAUUGACAGUGAAGUAGAAGACAAUUUAGAAAUAGAAGAACUCUAUGAUAGUGAUGAAGAUGUUGAGUAUUUUCCUCUGUUAGAACCGGAAAGUGAUGAGAGCGAUGAGUAUGAUGAGGGGGAUGGAGCUCCUAAAAAGAAAAAAAGAAAGAUAUACACGUCAACACCCAUAAAAUGUCGUACCCCUGCUGUCGCCGCCGCCCCUGCCACUACCUCUGCCAGUACCUCUGCUGCUGCUGCCACUGCCACUACCUCUGCUGCCGCCCCUGCCACUACCUCAGCUGCUGCCGCCCCUGUAAGGCGAGGAAGACGCCGCCAGGAUGCUGAACUUCCACCUGUGGUAGACUUCAAUAAAACGUCUAUUUCCUCCCGAAGCAAGUUUAGAUGGAGCUGUCAGCCUCAGUACGGCCACACACACAGGAGGCUAUCAAGAAACAUCUUGGCAAGAAUCAUUCCAGGGCCAGCUCAGGAGGCACGAGAUGUUAUUGCACCAGAGGAGACAUUCAAGCUGUUUAUUACGGAUUCUAUUGUUCAGGAAUGUGUCACCUGGACAAACAAACGCAUUGAGUUCACGGCACCAUGGAUGCAAACUCAGAGUAAGAAAGCCACAUAUGGUCCAACGGAGGCCAAGAAGAUAUUAGCACUCCUGGGAGUGCUCAUAGCAGCAGGGCAGCAGAGAGACAACCAUCUGUCCGUCCUUGAGAUGUGGAGUGUUAUGACUGGGUGUCCUCUGUAUCGAGCAGCAAUGUCGAAGGGAAGGUUCGAGUUCCUGAUAUGCUGUCUGAGGUUCGACAACCCUGAAACCCGCGUAGAGAGGAAGAACCAGGACAAGUUUGCCCCUAUCAGGAAGGUGUUUGACGAGUUCAUUGACAACUGUACCCGGCUCUAUGUCCCACGCGAGAACCUGACAGUGGACGAGCAACUGUUGGGAUUCAGAGGGAGGUGCCCCUUCCGUAUGUACAUUCCCAACAAGCCUGCCAAAUAUGGCAUCAAGCUUGUCCUUAUAUGUGACUCGAGCACCAGAUACAUGCUUGGUGGCAUACCCUACCUUGGGAAGCAGGGGACAAAGCAACCACGGAGUGGAAUCAACCUCGGGCAUUAUUAUACCAAAGAACUGACCAGGCCAUACCACGGAUCAAACAGAAAUGUGACCACAGACAACUGGUUCACAUCAGUUCCUCUCAUCGCCGACCUCAUGAACAACUGUAGAAUGACACUUGUUGGCACAGUUCGAGCAAACAAGACUGAAAUUCCACACGAGAUGAAGGCAACGAAAACACGACUCCACGGUUCAAGUGCCUUUCUCUUCACCAAGGAGAUGACGCUUGUGUCGUACGUGGCAGAGACAUCCCUUGCCAAGAAGAAGUUGGUUAUGCUCAUGUCAUCCCAGCACACCCAGCCUAACAUUGCACCCAGUGGCAAGCCAGAGAUCAUUGAAUUUUACAAUUCCACUAAAGAAGGUGUUGACACAUUCGACCAAAUGUGUGCAACAAGUUCAUGCUCCAGGAAGACACGACGUUGGCCCCUCUGUGUGUGGUACGGCAUCCUCAAUGCAGCGAUCAUCAAUGCCUUCAUCAUCAGUGCCGAGAAUCGUGCAAGGACAGGCAUCAAGAUACCGCAAAGGAGGACCUUCAUGAUGAACAUGGCAAGGGCACUCAUCACUCCCUGGGCUCAGAUACGCCUGUCCUCACCAGUCCUGUCCCGCCAACUACGCACUCUGAUAACUACCGUGUGUGACCUUCCAUCAGCGGGCAUGGCUGCUGGGUCACCAGGGACGUCAUUUUCAGACAGCAACUCACCCCUGGUACGCUGUGCUGACUGCCCUAGCAAGUCGGACCGUAAGACCAGGCACCGCUGCAACAAGUGUGCCCUACCAAAGUGCCCUCGGCACGUGUACCCCAUUUGUGGUGACUGUCUGGAGAAAGCGUGAAAAACAAAAUAAACGAAACCGCGAUAAAAAAUAUAGCCACUCUUCGUGUGUCUCCCAUACAGUUCCUAGUGGCAGUAGUGGGCUGUACCUGUCUGAGGCGAGGGUUCAACUACCUAAUAACCAUAGUACAAGAGGAGAAGUCGCCAGCUGCAGUACUUUCUUUGUGGCGAUGUGUUAGCCUUAGCACAUAGUUAUGUUUAGUCAGUUUUAAUGUAGUUCGCCAUAAAAUCAGUUAAGUACUAAGAUAAAGUACAAAUUAAGUUUACAAGGCAUCAUUCCAAAGCUAAGGAGUUAUUUUUUCACUGUAGACUUUGUAAUAAACUUUGAUUGAAAGUAA